AUGGGCGUUCCAACCGACGACCGACAAAGUUGUGAAGACCAGCUCCACCCCACUCACCCCUGGCUCGUCACCGCCGACGCCAACGACCGCGUCUCCGUCUGGGACUGGGAGCACCGCCAGUUUUAUCUUACCACCUACACCGUGCAUCAGAUGUCUGUAGAUCUAAAACGAGGAGAAACUCCACCAAUUCAUAUCAAUAUGUCAUUUCCUUCUUUGCCAUGUGAAGUAUUGAGUGUGGAUGCAAUUGACAUGUCUGGGAAACAUGAAGUUGAUUUGCAUACAAAUAUUUAG